AUACCAAAUUCACCAAUAAAGCAAAAACCCAAAAGCAAACCACAAACAAAAAGCAAAGUAUUCUCUCUCUUCUUCCUUCCAAGAAACCAUCAUAAACCCUACAAGCAACAAUCAAUUAACAAAACAAAACCACACCUCCUUCCUUCAUCAACAUCCUCUCUAUCUCUCUCCACACAAAGAAAAACAUAAACCCCUUAAGCAACAAUAUAUAGCAACACCACCAUGUCCAUGGAUGAAUCUCCAAAAGACUACAGCAGAGUGACAUCAACUUCUAUCACGGAGACAACAACAAGUGUACACGUGACAGCCUUGGAUGGCCUAGUGAAUGUAAACUCACUCUUCACAAUAGCAGUUUUUGUGGGUCUUUCUCUAACAACACCAAAUCAACGCAGCCUUGAACCCAACACAGCCUGUGAUGCUGGCAUUGACGUGGCGAGGAAACUCUUGGUGUUUGAGGUUGUCUCUUUUAGCUUCUUCUUGUUUUCUUCAUUGGUGGCACAGGGGCUUAAGCUGGCUAUCAACUUGUUGAAUAGUAAGGAUGUGGAUGAGGCCUUCAGGGCCCACAUAAAUUUGAAGGUUUUGAGGCUUGGAAUGAUGGGGUCGGCUAUUGGGUCGGUGAUGGGGUGCUUGUUUUUGAUGCUGUCAAUGGUGAAUGUGAUUCAGAUCAGGUUGGGGAUGUUGUCUUGUGGGAGUAAAUCUGCUGUGCAUGCUGUGGCCGCUUUGCUAAUCUUGGUUUCUUCUGCUCUUAUUGUUUAUAUUUCCACUGCUAUUUAUGCUUUUUUGCACUGAUCUUGUUGUUAUUGUUGCUUCAAAAUUAUGUAUUGGUACUUAAUGUCUCUGUGUAUUUGUGUGCGGAAAAGAAUACAUAUGGCCGACCCCAAAAUUUUGGGAAAAGGAUAUCUCUCUGUUUAAAUGGAUCCAUUUUAUGAUUGGGGUAAAAAUUAAAUUAUGUGCCA